GUUAUAGGGUUUACAGUGAGCGAGGAUAGGUUGGGUAACAAACGAUUUUCAUUUCACAAACCCUACACUACAGAGCACAAUGUCAGGUAAUCCGCCGUCGACGCCGGAAUCACCAACAUCAGUCGGUUUCAACACCGAUCAACUUCCUCAUACCAGUCGCACCUCCGAGAACUUCUCCGAUGACGAAGAGGCUGCCGUCGAUCCCGAAAUCAUCCGCGACGACCCUGAAGAGCUCCCUAAUGAGGAGGAGGAGGAGGGAGAGGAUCUCUUCCACGACAAUUUCAUGGAGGACUACCGCCGAAUGGACGAUAACGACCAGUACGAAUCGGUCGGCCUGGAUGAAUCCCUCGAGGAUGAGAGGGAUCUCGAUCAGAUCAUGGCUGACCGCAAGGCCGCCGAAUCUGAGCUCGACGCUCGCGAUGUUCUGUUGACCUCUCGCAAGCUUCCUCACCUUCUCCACGAUCAAGACACCGACGAUGAUAGCUACAGGCCUUCCAAGAGGGCUAGGGCUGACUUCAGGCCUCCAUCUGAUGCCGAUGGCUUACAGAGUUCACCAGGGAGAUCGCAAAGAGCUCACUCCAGGGAAGAUUUGCCCACUACUGAUCAAACUGAUGAUGACCCCUUCGAGGAUGAUGAUGAUGAAGAUGGCGAGUUUGAGAUGUAUCGUGUGCAAGGAACUCUUAGAGAAUGGGUAACUAGGGAUGAAGUCCGCCGUUUUAUAGCCAAAAAGUUCAAGGAGUUUCUGCUCACUUACGUGAAUCCAAAAAAUGAAACUACUGAUUAUGAAUACGUUCGGUUGAUUAAUGAGAUGGUCUCAGCUAAUAAGUGUAGCCUGGAGAUUGAUUACAAGCAAUUUAUCUAUAUCCAUCCCAAUAUUGCCAUCUGGCUGGCUGACGCCCCUCAAUCUGUCCUGGAAGUCAUGGAGGAUGUUGCAAAAAAUGUUGUCUUUAGUUUACAUCCUAACUAUAAAAAUAUCCAUCAAAAGAUUUAUGUAAGGAUCACCAACCUACCAGUGUAUGAUCAGAUUCGGAACAUAAGGCAGAUCCAUUUGAAUACAAUGAUUCGUAUUGGGGGAGUUGUGACCAGACGAUCUGGGGUCUUUCCACAAUUGCAACAGGUCAAGUAUGAUUGCAACAAGUGUGGGACGAUUUUGGGGCCAUUCUUUCAGAAUUCAUACUCUGAGGUGAAAGUUGGUUCUUGCCCUGAAUGCCAAUCAAAAGGACCCUUCACUAUCAACAUAGAGCAGACAAUAUAUAGAAAUUACCAAAAGCUUACCCUUCAAGAAAGCCCAGGAAUUGUACCAGCUGGCCGGCUUCCUAGAUACAAAGAAGUGAUACUGUUGAAUGAUCUAAUUGAUUGUGCUCGACCUGGGGAAGAGAUUGAAGUUACAGGCAUUUAUACAAAUAAUUUCGACUUAUCUUUGAACACAAAGAAUGGGUUCCCUGUAUUUGCUACUGUAGUAGAAGCAAACUAUGUCACAAAGAAACAAGACCUCUUUUCUGCCUAUAAACUUACUCAGGAAGACAAGAAAGAGAUUGAGAAGCUGGCUAAAGACCCCAGAAUAGGAGAAAGGAUUGUCAAGUCGAUUGCACCAUCAAUCUAUGGUCAUGAGGACAUAAAAACUGCAUUAGCCCUGGCUAUGUUUGGAGGUCAAGAGAAGAAUGUAGAGGGGAAACACAGACUACGAGGAGAUAUAAAUGUACUUCUUCUAGGUGACCCCGGAACAGCCAAAUCACAAUUUCUCAAGUAUGUGGAAAAGACUGGACAGAGGGCUGUAUAUACUACUGGUAAGGGAGCUUCUGCAGUGGGGCUUACAGCAGCAGUGCACAAGGACCCAGUCACAAGGGAGUGGACUCUUGAGGGAGGGGCUCUUGUUCUUGCUGACAAAGGAUUAUGUCUUAUUGAUGAGUUUGACAAGAUGAAUGAUCAGGACAGAGUGAGUAUCCAUGAAGCUAUGGAGCAGCAGAGCAUUAGUAUAUCAAAGGCUGGGAUUGUCACUUCACUCCAAGCACGCUGCUCUGUCAUUGCUGCUGCAAAUCCCGUUGGAGGAAGAUAUGAUUCCUCAAAAACAUUUUCACAAAAUGUUGAAUUGACAGAUCCCAUCAUCUCUAGGUUUGAUAUCCUCUGUGUUGUCAAGGAUGUCGUUGAUCCAGUUGCAGAUGAAAUGCUUGCUAAGUUUGUAGUUGAUAGUCAUUUCAAAUCACAAGCCAAGGGAGCUAAUAUGGAAGAUAAGACUUUCAGUGAAUCACAAGAUGAUGUCCAAAUGUCAGGCGAAGCAGCAGAUCCAGAGAUACUUCCUCAAGAUAUGCUUAAAAAGUAUAUAACUUAUGCCAAGUUGAAUGUGUUCCCGAGGUUGCAUGAUGCUGAUAUGGAGAAACUUACUCAUGUUUAUGCUGAAUUGCGGAGAGAAUCCUCAAAUGGACAAGGAGUGCCAAUAGCAGUGAGGCACAUUGAGUCAAUGAUUCGGAUAUCUGAAGCUCACGCAAGAAUGCACCUCAGACAGCAUGUAACUCAAGAAGAUGUGGACAUGUCAAUUCGUGUUUUACUUGAUUCAUUUAUCUCAACCCAAAAAUUCGGUGUGAAGAAAGCUCUGGAAAAGAGCUUCAGAAAGUAUAUGACUUUCAAGAAGGAUUUCAAUGAAUUUCUCCUGCAUCUUCUCCGCGAGCUUGUGAAGAAUGCCCUGCAUUUUGAAGAAAUCGUGUCUGGAACUACUUCAGGGCUGACCCAUAUUGAUGUGAAAGUAGAGGAUUUGCAAAUCAAGGCCCAAGAACAUGAGAUCUAUGAUCUAAAGCCAUUCUUUACCAGCAUCAACUUUUCUCGAGCUAAUUUUGUUUUGGAUGAACAACGCGGAUUGAUAACUCAUCGGCUAUGAUGGAAUCUUUGAGAAGCAACAUUUUAAUUUGAAUCAUCGGACAAACUACCCAACUCUUUACUUAAUUAGUCACUUUUAAUUUCCUAACUCGCCCAAUGUAAUAUACCUUAUAAAUCAAUAUUUUAAGGAGGGAAUUACAUUAUAUUUA